UUUUUUUUUACUCCAUUCCAACGGUCGACACAAGCAGACUCAAUAACCACGCAAUUUUAACCGUUUAUUAUCAAAAACUCGUGGAUUUUUUGGCGCCAACAACCAUAAGACGUUAUAACAUAUAUAUUUUAAUUAACAAUAAACAAAUAAACAAUGCCGCCAAGGAGAGGAAUAAAACGUGCAGCAACUCCCGUUAAGGAGGAAGAAGUUCAUGAAACAAAACAGAUGAAAAAGAAAGAACGUAUUGUAGAGCCUGAUUUACGAAGUAUUACAACACCAGGUGUUGCACUCACAGUUGGUCAAGGUGAUGUAGGACAAUUAGGUCUUGGGGAAGAUGUUAUGGAGAAAACACGACCAGCUGUCAUACCUGGACAUAAUGAUAUAACAUCAAUAGCCGCGGGUGGUAUGCACAAUGUCUGUUUGACUAAAUCGGGCAAAGUAUUGACAUUUGGGUGCAAUGAUGAGGGUGCAUUAGGACGCGAUACUUCAGUAGAAGGCUCUGAAACAAAACCUGGAUUUGUUGAAUUGGAUGGCAAAGUUAUUCAAGUAACUGCAGGUGAUUCACACAGUGCUGCCUUAUUAGAUGAUGGACGAGUAUUUGCUUGGGGAUCUUUUAGGGAUUCACAUGGAGGUAUGGGUUUAACACCUCGAGGCAAAGAAAGUCUACCAAUAGAAGUAUUACCAACAAUUAAAAUAGUAAAAAUAGCAUCUGGUGCUGAUCAUUUAGUGAUGCUAACAGACCGCGGACGUGUAUAUACUUGCGGUUGUGCUGAACAAGGGCAACUUGGACGUAUUCCUCCAAGAUCAGUAGAUCGACAUAGUCGUAAUGCUUUAGUAAAUCAAUUAACCCCAGGACUAGUUGCUUUCAAAGUAUCAAGCAACUUGGUGUUCGAUGAAAUCUGGGCAGGUCAAUACUGUACUUUAGCGAGAGAUCGUAAAAAACAGGAAAUUUGGGCCUUUGGAUUGAAUAAUUAUUAUCAAAUAGGUCUUAAAGAUAACAUACCAUAUUUCCAACCAAAAUUAUCAAAGACUUUCAGCGGUAAGCAGUGGAAACAUAUCAGUAGUGGACAGCAUCAUACCAUAGCACUGGACAGUCUUGGGUGUGUUUAUGUUUUGGGACGUAAAGAGUACGGAAGACUUGGUCUUGGUCCCGAUUGUAGCGAUGCUACAGAAUUAACCCAAGUCGAAAGUUUAGAAAAAAAGAAAGUAAUUGAUGUUGCUGCUGGUAGUGCCCAAUCUUUCGCUGUAACUGAUGCCGGAGCAUUAUAUUCUUGGGGAAUGGGAACAAGUGGACAAUUAGGUACUGGUGAAGAAGAAGAUGUUGAUACACCAGUAUUAAUAAAAAGUAAACAAUUAGAAGGAAAAAAUGUUGUGAGAGUUGCUGGUGGUGGUCAGCAUACUAUUAUUCUUGCCAUACCUCAUUCAACUAAAGAAAAAACUGCUGGUUAAUCAAUAGAUAAUUAAACAACAGGAAUAAUAAUAAUAUAACAAUACAAUUUUAUAAUCAAAUUUCAGUGCCGUGUUUAAGUAAUUAUUGGUUUUUUUUUCUUGCGUUUAUUGAUUUAAAAAAUAUGUGUAAAUAAUAAUUAAUUUUGUCAAAUUGACUUAAUUGAUUUAUUACUACGUUUCGCAUUAACAGUACACGUCAAUACCGAUCAUGUAAAGACGUUGACGUAAAUUUUUUUUUGUGUAUCUUAGAUAAUAAUAAUAGUUAUCGUUAUUAUUAUCAUUAUCAUGCUGUUGAUAAUAGUAAAAAACAAAAGAAAAUAAUUGUGAGACAGAACCUGCCUAGUGUAAAUUUGAUAAAAGAAAAUUUAAUUAAGUAAAGACAAAUAAAUAUACUUAAUUUAUUUUCUAAUAAUGAAAGUAAUAAGUCGAUAUGAAUUAUUUGACUAAAUGUUAUUGUUA